AGAAAAGGAAGGUUCGAAGUUGAAAUCAGAAGAUGCAAAGAAGGCAACAACAGGCUGUGUUUGAAGAAUGGGUGGAAAGAGUUUGUCAAGCAAAACCGUCUGGUUGCCGGAGACUUUGUGGUUUUUAAACAUAUAAGCCGCCGCCUGGUUUUUAAGGUCAAUGUGUUUGAUCUCACUUGUUGCGAGAAGGAUUCUCAUGGCCUGUCAGAAAUAUACAACAAUAUUUAUGGAGAAGGACGUGCCCAAGAACCAAAUGGCGAUGGAGAGCAACUCCACAAACAUGAAAAAGUGACGAUGGACAAAAAGAGAAAGAGAGAGACUAAGGGGGUGAAUAUAUCUUCAAGUGAGCAGUGUCCUCAAUUUACAAAGAAAAUAAGGCCCUACAAUAUACGUGCACAAAGCCCAAUGAUGCAAAUACCUAGAGCAUUCUGCGUGGAAAAUGGAUUUUGUGGUCAUAACAUAUCAAUAAUUUUGAAUGGGACGAGUGGUGAACAGCAAGUUAGCUUAACAUUUUACGGUGACAAAGGUGGUUACAUUAACCAUGGUUGGGGUGAAUUUGCUACAAGCAACAAUCUUAAAACCGGAGACACGUGCAUCUUCAAACUUUGUAGUGCAACUCUUCCUUCAUCAGAUGCCAAUAUUGUAUUUGAUGUUGAGGUUCUUCGUGUUCUGACUUAGUUUACAUUCGUAGUUUCUUUGUAUUUGUAGGGAUGCUGAUUAUGUAUAAAUGUAACCUUUUUU